AUGGACCUGCGUUCGGGGGCCGCGACCCCCGAGGGCCCCCGAGAACCUCUCCCUGAGGAAACUCUGCCCGCGGGGGAGGAGGCGGAGCCCGGGCCGCCCGAGGAAUCUGAGCCAGAACCUCCUCAAAACUCUCGGGAGACCCCUGAGGGGACAGAGCCCCAGCUGACCGAAGAGGCAGACCCACAGGGAUGUGAGCAAGAAACCCCUGAGGGGACGGAGCCAGAGCUGACCAAAGAGACAGAGCCAGAGGAUCUGCAGGGCCGUCAGCAAGAAAGCUCUGAGGGGACAGAGCCAGAUCUCGCUGAGAAGGCAGACCCACAGGGGUGUGAGCAAGAAGCCCCUGAGGGGAUAGAGCCAGAGCUGAUUGAGAAGGCAGAGCCACAGGAGCGUGAGCAAGAAGCUCCUGAGGGGACAGAGCCAGAACUGACCAAAGAGACAGAGACAGAGGGUCCGCAGGGCCGUCGGCAAGAAAGCCCUGAGGGGACAGAGCCAGAGCUGACCAAGGAGGCAGACCCACAGGGUCGUGAGCAAGAAGUCUCUGAGGGGACAGAGCCAGAACUGACCAAAGAGACAGAGACGGAGGGUCCGCAGGGCCAUCGGCUAGAAAGCCCUGAGGGGACAGAGCCAGAGCUGAUUGAGAAGGCAGACCCACAGGGUCGUCAGCAAGAAACCUCUGAGGGGACAGAGCCAGAGUUGACCAAAGAGACAGAGCCGGAGGGUCCACAGGGCCAUCGGCUAGAAAGUCCUGAGGGGACAGAGCCAGAGCUGAUUGAGAAGGCAGACCCACAGGGGCGUGAGCAAGAAGCCUCUAAAAGGAUAGAGCCAGAACUGACCAAAGAGACAGAGCCAGAAGGUCUGCAGGGCUGUCAGCAAGAAGGGCCUGAGGGGACGGAACCAGAGCUGACCGAGGAGGCAGACCCACUGGGUUCACAGGGCAGUGAGCAAGAAAGCUCUGAGGGGAGAGAGCCAAAGCUGACCGAGAAGGCCGACCCACAGGGUCGUGAGCAAGAAACCACUGAGGGGACAGAGCCAGAGCUGACCAAAGAGCCAGAGCCAGAGGGUCUGCAGGGCCAUGAGCAAGGAAGCCCUGAGGGGACAGAACCUGAGCUGACCAAGAAAGCAAGGGCAGAGGGUCUGCAGGGCCGUGAGCGAGGCCCCCCAGAAAGUUCUAGAGAGCUGCCCAUUCAGACAGAGCCGGAGCGUUCCCAGAGUCGUGAACAAGAAAGCCCUGAGGGGACAGAGGCUGAACUGACCCAGGAGGCAGACCCUCAGGGCCCGCAGGGUUGUGAGCGAAGCUCCACAGAAAGUUCUAGAAAGCUGCCCGUGCAGGCCGAGCCAGCGCCUUCCAAGGAGACAAAGCUAGAGACCCCGAAGGAGGCCGAAUCAGAGCUUCCAAAAGAGGCUCUUCCAAAUCUCCUCGAAGGCAGGUCAGAGCUAACCAAAUAUACCAGUCUGAAGUUCUCUGAAGAGACAGAGCCACAACGCUUUAUGGAUAAAGAAGCCAACCCCCCAAUUAACACCUCUCUUAGGUUGAACUCCUCAAAAGAAACUUGCUUUGAUUUUCCUAAUUCCUCUGAUGAAGUUAGGUGUACGGUUUCUUUGGAAGAACUUUCCCUUAAACAGACCCUCCAAGAGCGCUCUAAGGAAACGGAUUCUGGGGCGUGUCAGGAGAUUGGGCCAGAGACACCUAAAGAAAGGAAAGCAGAAGCUUCUGGGGAAGACCAGGGAGAGUCUAGGAAAAAGUCUGAACCAAAACCUCUAGAAGAGAGUGAAACCAACAUCGACUACCUCACCUGGAGCCCGGAGCAGGUUGCAGAGUGGAUCAGCCAGUUAGGAUUCCCCCAGUACAAGAAGUGUUGGACGACAAACUUCAUCAGUGGCCAGAAACUCAUCCAUGUAAACUGCUCAAAUCUCCCCCAGUUGGGGAUAACGGAUUUUGAGGACAUGAAGGUGAUUUCUCGGCACACGCGGGAACUCCUGGGUAUUGAAGAACCAUUAUUCAGCCGCAGCAUCUCUCUUCCCUACCGGGACAAUAUGGGCUUGUUUCUAGAGCGAAAGGCUCAUUCUGGCCUAAAGGCCGAUAGCCUAACUUUAGCUCAGUUUGUCCAAGAAGCAGGACUGGAGGCAUAUGCUCCAGGGCCAUCUUCCUGUCACCUUCUUCCAGCUGGAGAAUCGGACACCGCUCUUCCUGAAACGGAGCCAUAGGGGAAAGCCAUGUCACUCAGCUUAAAAGAGGAAAUUAAAUUCCUCUGAGGAAUAAGUAUAUAAAGCAAUAUAUGUAGAGACAUAGAUUUCAUUUCAGCAAGGUCUGGGAGUCAAAACCACCUCUGGCCCUAUUCCUUUACCUCUAUUAGCGAUUCAGUUCCUCUCCCCCUACCUCAAGUCACUCCCUUUUAAACGAAUAUAGUAAGUC